AUGGCGGCUGAUGAAUGUAAUAUCCGUGUCGUUGCGCGUUUUCGUCCAUUGAACGAAUCUGAAGAGCGUGCUGGUAGUAAAAGUGUUGUCAAAUUUCCUGCUGAUCAAGACGAAACUGUUCUCAUUAGCGGAAAAAUCUAUGUAUUCGAUAAAGUAUUUCGGCCAGAUGCGACGCAAGAAAAAGUGUACAAUGAAGCAGCAAAAGAAAUAGUCAAAGAUGUUUUAAGUGGUUACAAUGGUACAAUAUUUGCUUAUGGGCAAACGUCAAGUGGUAAAACUCAUACCAUGGAGGGUGUGAUGGGUAGUGAUGGUCAACAGGGUAUUAUUCCUCGUAUAGUUCAAGAUAUAUUCAAUCAUAUCUAUACAUUGGAUGCCAAUUUGCAAUUUCAAAUAAAAGUUUCUUACUUCGAAAUUUAUCUCGAUAAAAUUCGUGAUCUAUUGGAUGUUUCUAAAACGAAUUUGGCUGUUCAUGAGGAUAAAAAUCGUGUGCCUUAUGUUAAAGGUGUUACGGAGCGGUUCGUUUCAUCACCGGAUGAAGUUUUUGAAAUAAUGGAAGAAGGAAAGAACAAUCGCCACAUCGCCGUAACCAACAUGAAUGAACAUAGCUCUCGAUCACAUUCGGUUUUUCUCAUCAAUGUUAAACAAGAAAAUGUGGAAAAUGAAAAGAAAUUAACCGGAAAACUCUAUCUGGUCGAUUUAGCUGGUAGUGAAAAAGUUUCGAAGACCGGAGCUGAAGGUCAAGUUCUUGAUGAAGCCAAAAAUAUCAACAAAUCGUUAUCAGCAUUGGGAAAUGUUAUAUCCGCCUUAGCAGACGGAACUAAAUCUCAUGUUCCUUAUCGUGAUUCAAAAUUGACACGUAUUUUACAAGAAUCUCUUGGAGGCAAUGCGCGCACAACAAUUAUUAUAUGUUGUUCUCCUGCUAGUUUUAAUGAAUCAGAAACCAAGUCAACCUUAGAAUUCGGCAAAAGAGCGAAAUGUAUUAAGAAUCAAGUUACUGUUAAUGAAGAAUUAACGGCUGAGGAAUGGAAACGACGAUGGGAAAAAGAACGCGAGAAAGUAGCUAGAUUGAAAGGUCAAUUAAGUCGAGCCGAAAUGGAACUUGAACGAUGGAGACGCGGUGAAACUGUGACCAAAGACGAACAAAUUAAUCUACAUGAUAUCGAUGAAACAUUAUCAACAACCCAAUCGUUAAUGUCGUUAUCAACAGUUGCAACAUCAUCUGCUAAUUCAACAUCAGUUAUCGAUAGCACGACGGGUGUUACUAAUACAUCAUCUGCUUUAGUUGCACCACCAAUUAAUGCUGACGAAUGGGAAAAGGAGCGUACUGCACUUUAUCAACAACUCGAUGAAAAGGACGAUGAAAUCAAUAAUUUGGCACAAACCAUCGAACGACUUAAAUCUCAAACAACUGAACAAGACGAUAUAUUCAGUCAAGCACGCAAGGAUAAUGAAAAUCUUCAAGCGGAGCUGAACCGUCUUCAACAAGAAAGUGAAUCAGCUAAGGAAGAAGUUAAAGAAGUCUUACAAGCUCUCGAGGAACUUGCGGUUAAUUAUGAUCAAAAAACGCAAGAAGUUGAAACCAAAAGUAAAGAAAAUGAAACGUUAACCCAAGAGCUCGAUGCUAAAUUGGCUUCAUUGAAUGGUAUUGGCGAAGAAUUAGAAAGCCUUCGUGAAGCAUCACAAACACAUCGAAAACGCUUUCUUGAUAUGAUUCUCGUACUUCUACGUGAUGUUGGUGAUAUUGGCAGUAUCAUAGGUGGACAAAUGAAUGAACAAAAGAAACCAACAAUUGAAAAUCUCGAUCAAGCCGAAGAAGAAUUUACACUAGCACGUCUUUACACGAGCAAAUUGAAGACAGAAGCACGAAGUAUUAGUAACCGUUUGAGUGAAUUAGAAUUAGAAAAAGUCGAUCAUCAAAAAGGCAUUGGAUUGAAAGAUAAAGAACUAGAUGAAGCACGUUUGUUAAUUCAACAACACGAAGCCAAGAUGCGCUCAAUGCUCGAAUCAAUGAAAGAAUUAGAAGAGAAGAAACGUACACUCGAACAAACUCAAGAUUCAUUAAAUGAAGAAUUAGUUAAACUUCGUGCACAAGGCCGUGUGACUGAUUCCUCAUCGGAUGUUCAAAAAGAACUAAGUCAACAAAUGCAACAAAUCAGUGAACAACAUCAAAAGCAAUUGACUACCCUACGUGAAGAAAUUCGAGGCAAAGAAACUCAAAUGGAAACAUUGAAAGAUUCAUUGCAAAAACUGCAAUUGUCCUAUGAUAAACUCUCGGGUGAUUAUGACAAAUUGAAGAAAGAAGAAACGGAUAAAUCCAGUCGAUUACAAGAAAUGACAUUACAACAAGAACGUCGUGAACAAGCCAAACAAGAUUUGAAAGGUUUAGAAGAAACUGUUGCAAAAGAAUUGCAAACAUUACAUAAUCUACGGAAAUUAUUCGUUCAAGAUUUGCAAGCUCGUCUUAAAAAGUCACAAAAACAACCUGAAGCAGAAGAUGACGAUCUGGGCGGUACCAUAGCUCAAAAGCAAAAGAUUUCCUUUUUAGAAAAUAAUCUCGAUCAAUUGACCAAAGUUCAUAAACAGCUCGUGCGUGAAAAUGCCGAUCUUCGAUGUGAACUACCGAAAUUAGAAAAACGCCUGAAAGCAACCAUGGAUCGAGUCAAAUCGUUGGAACAAGCAUUAAAAGAAGCAAAAGAAAGUGCAAUGAAAGAUCGUAAACGAUACCAAUCUGAAGUUGAUCGAAUCAAAGAAGCCGUUAGACAAAGAAAUCUCGCUCGACGUACAAAUGCUGCUCAGAUAGUUAAACCUAUUCGGGCUGGUGUCAAUCCAUCAACUAAUACUUCGACACCGAUUCCAACAAUUCGUGGUGGUAGCCAGUCAAUGGAUCAUCUGCAUUUUGUUUCAAGAGCUCCCGCGCGCAUACUAUUAUUACUCAGUAUAAUAAUUAUCGUUGGCUUCGUUUGUUAUAUACGAGUCAAAUGUCAUUCUCAAGUACGACUUCUAUGCAAUCAUCUCUUUCGUUGCAAAACAGCACAACACUCAGCGGAUGAAAAAUGUUCUCCGACGAGACAUUCGUAUAAUUGGCCAUCUAUUUACACUUCGACGAAAAGUCAAUCACCAAAGCUCUAUACGUUAGUAAAAAAUCUUCGAACUGCGAACAUUGAACGGCAACCAUCCAUCAAAGAAUCCACUACGUAUGAGAAUGCUCAAGUCAAUGUUAUUAUUGAACCUAAACACACACGAAAACCAACUACAAUUUCUUCGUCACCCGCCAAUAGUCAACGUGCGUCGGAGAUAGCGCGAAAAUUCUAUGCAAGUAUGCGUCGAAAUAGUCAAUGUGGCCACUCGUCAUCAAUUGAUAGUUAUAUUAAUGAAGUGCCUUCACCAAUGAACUCACCCUCAGCUGUUGAUCUUUCGAUAAACGCGAAACGAGAUGAAAAUCUGUCAUCAUUUCGUGCAUCGUAUUUUUUUCAAUCUAUACCAGAUACCAGCCUAGCAUAG